AAUUAUCGAUGAAUUUUAAAAACAAAUAUAUCGAAUUUUGCUUCAUCUGAAUAUCUCAUGCGUUUCCUCUUGUAACCCACAUUUUAAGACUAACAGCUUAUUUUAGUUGAAAAAACCGUGCUCUUUUAAAGAACGUGAUUAUCAAUACAAAAAGUGAAUAAAUCCAUGCGUGAACAAAUCCAUUUUAUUUUUAAUUGGAUGAUAUAUUCAACAUUUUAUUGUAUAUUUGCCGUGUAUUGUUCUUCGAACAUGUGAAAAUACAUUUAAAACAAAUAGGGAAUCAAUAAAGAUUCCGCGCUGAUGAUUUUUACCAUGACGUCGAUCAACGCUGGCAGUAACGUAAGCCUUUCCAGUCCUAUAUAAGGGGAUCAAAAAACUGUUAAUCACACAAACCAAUACGGAUCUUAAUUGAUCAAUAUCUCAACCUCUUCGAAAACUUAAAAAUGAUGCAAAUCAAGUUUCUGUACACUUUCUUGGCUGUCUUGAUCCUAGUUGUCCUGGGAGCCAACGAUGUCGAAGCCGACUGUCUCUCCGGUCGUUACAGAGGUCCAUGUGCCGUCUGGGAUAAUGAAACCUGCAGGCGUGUUUGCAGGGAGGAAGGACGGGUCAGUGGACAUUGCAGUUCCAGGUUGCAAUGCUGGUGCGAAGGAUGUUAAGUCCAAAGAUUAAAAUCAACUAACUUCGAUUCGAAAACCCAUAUAUAAUUCUGUUUUUUGUAUGCACUCAAGAAAAAUUACUCGUAUAAAACUGUUUGCAAGAAAUACUUUACUGUUUUAAUGUUGAUAUAUGGAACCUUACAUUUCCUAAAUGGGGAGGAAAAUUAAUUUUUUCCUUCACUUUUUGAUGAUGUAUUAAAUCAGCCCUAAAGUCUGUUAUACCGAAUGAGUAAAUUAUUUUUAUCUUUUUGAGAUAAAUUUCACCACGACGACGCCUCUAGCUGUGAAAUAUACAGAUCUUGCCCUAUAUAUAAACCCUUCUGUACGUUGUUCAGCAUCAAUUUAACUUAAAAGCUUC